UGUCGCCAGACGCGGUGCCGCCGCCGGGUGCGAUGAGGUUGAGUGGCGAGGCGGCGAGUGUUGGGACUGACGAGUAUACUUUUCAGUAAGUGCCGAGCCGUAGCGAGGGGGAAUUCAGAGCGGAGCGGAACAGAGUACUCGAGGAUGGUCCAUAUGCCCAGGAAUGCUGCGAGGGUCAAAUCUUUCUCGCUGUAGCUCGCUCGAUCCAUCCAUCGUUCAUCAGUUCAUCGAGCAGACUGUCAUUCCGACAUCCAUUUGACCAUUCACUCAUCUUUAUGCAUCUCAGCUACAUCCUAGAAGCGGGCAUAAUCUUCCUCGUCCUAACCGACAAAUCCUACACACGCCUCCUCGCCUUCAGCUACCUAACCGAGCUCGCCCGCGCCUUCUUCUCCGACCUCGCCACCCCCUCCUCCCGGCACACCAGCCAGCCCGUGCACGCCGUACAACGCCCGUACUCCUUCAUCCGCUUCGAACCCACCAUCCAAGCCACUAAAAAACGCUACAUCAACACCCGCCACCUCCAGUCCCACGAAGACCUCGUCGAGCUCAGCGCAAGGGUGAAUACCUUCCCGAUAUAUAAGAUCGCCGACGUCCUGGGCACCGAACAUUCACACGCCGGCUUCAGGUUCCCGUUCCCAUCCGCCGCGGCCGUGUCGUCACUAUCAGCCUCGGCGUCACAGACCCUCACCCACCCACAACGCAGGCACCCGCUCUCGGCCACCCAAUCCCGCCUCCUUGUCGCGACCGCCCUCGCCGUCUUCCUCAUCGACAUCGUCUACUUCCUCCUCUGGUGGACAUCCUGGCUCGGUGGGCGGGACGUGACCGAUUCCGAAGCUACCGGGCGACACCACGGGAUAAAUGUCGUCGAAAGAGCCCUGGCGUUCGUGUUGGGGUUGGGAAGCCCCGUGCUCCUGGUCGUGGCCUACAUGUACCAAACCGCAAUGAGCAAGCCCUCCUCCUCACUCCACAACGCCGCCGAGGGUCCGGGCAUCGUCGCAAUGUCCACCCGCCUCGCAAACAUCGUCACUACCCACGCCCUCGUCACCCUUACCCAACUCCUCUGGGUCGCCCUGUGCAAAGAAAACACCGCCCCAGCAUCCUCAUCAUCAUCACAGCAACAGCCGUCACGAGCCCCGAUGGCCUCCGCAGUCGCCUACCUGGGCGGGUGGUGCCUCCCUGUCCCUGUUGUGGCGGUGAAGGCGUCGUAUGUGUUGUUGAUUACGAUUGCGGUGGCGGCGGCGACGGUUAAUCGGUGGGUGAAGAGGUGGAGGGAUCGGAAGCUUGGGCAUCGGGAUUGAGUGGGGGAAUCAGAAGCGUUUGCGAUGGAUGCCCCAUGUGCGGCUAGCAACGCAAUCUUCACACUCUUUUCAUCACGUAAACCACACACACACAUGUACAGCCAGCCCCCCCACACACACACAGCACUCCCACGUUCGCGUGCAAUACCCGAAAACAUACACGUAAAGUCAUACACAAUAAAGAAUAGAUACCUGAGCGAGGUGUGAACUGAGAUUCAUAUGAGGAAAGGGAAAGCUGCGGCGCUG